AUGAGCACUUCUGCCCUUCGCGUGUUCCUGGUAGCCGCCUUGGCGGCGGCCGCCGCCGGCCAGCGCACGGCCGCCUCCCGACAGUCGGCCGGUGCCCCCAGCUGUGAUAACUUCGCCUGCCCCGGCUCCGACUAUCUCUGUCAGAUGUACGCCGGCGAGCCGAAAUGCGUGAAAAGGACCACGUGCGCCGACGCCUCGUGCCGGGAGGACCAGCGCUGCGUCAUCGAGCGCAACCUGGCGCACUGCGAGCGGCUGUUGUCGUACACCUGUGACGACGUGGUCUGCGGCAAGUUGCGUGCCUGCUCCGUGCAGGAAGGUCGUGCCAACUGCUCGGAGGGGGGCGGCAAGGCGCGCUGUGUCACGCCCAAGCCGACCUGCGCCACGUUGAAGUGUGGUAGGGGCCAGGCCUGCACUGAGAGCGGCGGUGCGGCGCGCUGCUUCACGCCCAAGCCGACCUGCGCUACACUGAUAUGUGGUGAGAGCCAAGCCUGUUUUGAGAGCGCUGAGGGCGCUAGUUGUAAGACCAUUGCCCCGCCCAAGCCGACCUGCGCCACGCUCAGCUGCGGCCUGGGUCAGAAGUGUUCCGAGAGCAGCGGCGAGGCGCGCUGCUACACGCCGAUCCCGCCCAAGCCGACCUGCGCCACACUGCGCUGCAGAAGCGGUCAGAAGUGCUCCAUGUCGGACGGGAAGGCGCGCUGUGUCACCGCUCCGCCGGCGACAUGCUCGGAGCUGCGGUGCAGCGCUGGCCAGACAUGCUCGGUCUUGGGUGGCCGUGCGCGCUGUCAGGACAUCCCCGACGACUUCUGCGGGCUCGCGCGCUGCCAGCGUGGCCAGGCCUGCUCGAGGGCUGGCGCCGCGCCCCGCUGCGUGGCCUCCUGCAAGAGCAUCGGCUGCCCGGAAAACUCGUGCACCGUGGAGGGCAACGUAGCCACGUGCGGGAACUGCAACCUGGAGUGCCCGCCGGGUCGCGUCUGCCACAUGAUCGGCCCAUACGACCCCCGAAGCCUCCUCCUCACCGGCGCGCAGCCGCGCUGCGUCCGGCUCGGCACCGGCGCAGAGCGGGGGCUCAUCAUGUACUGA